UAGAGGGAUUGUGAAUAUUGGAUGUGUAUUGAUUCCCAAAGCCGGAGACUUUUCCCUGUAAUGGAUCCCAGACAGAUGCUGGACAGAGAUGAGAGGAGGGUCCCAAAACCAAUAUGUUAAGAAGUUAAAACCGGACAAACAUCAAUAGGACAUCAUCAUCUUCAUCAUUUAGGUGCAUUUCGGACAUCUGAAUGUGUCACGGACUGUUUUGGCGUCAUGAAUAUCUGACUUUUAACCGGGACGGUUACCGGUAGGGCUGUUGGUUUUUUAGCAGCUCCUUGUAUUGUUACGGGGGUUUAACUGUACGGUUAUGUAACUCGAAGAGAUUUCCGUGGUUGGAAUCUGUCGGUACCGCUUAUGACUCCACGAAAGACACGCUCGCGCCGGUAGCGCGAACCGUCGUCGCCUCACGUGAAUAUCUCACCGUUUACCAUCUAUACACUCGUGCCCGCACCGGUCAAAUGGCAGCUGCGAUCGCCAGCUCGCUCAUCAGAAAGAAGCGGCAAGCGCGCGAGUCCAACAGCGAGCGCGCUGCGUCCGGUUUGCGCCGCUCGAGCCCCGGUAAAGAACCCACCGGACGAGGCAAUUUGUGCGCGCGACACCUCUUCGGGCUCUUCGGUAAAGUUCGGCUCUGCAGCGGGAAAAAACGACCCGUGCGCCGAAAGCCAGAACCUCAGCUGAAGGGGAUUGUGACCCGACUCUUCAGUGAGCAGGGCUUCUACCUGCAGAUGAUGCCCGAUGGAACCAUAAGCGGAAGCAAAGAUGAAAACAGUGACUACACUCUGUUUAAUCUCAUCCCGGUGGGUUUACGUGUGGUGGCGAUACAGGGUGUAAAGGCCGGACUCUAUGUGGCGAUGAAUGCUGAAGGUUUCCUUUAUUCAUCAGAGAUAUUUACACCGGAGUGUAAGUUUAAGGAGAGCGUGUUUGAGAAUUAUUAUGUGAUCUACUCGUCUACAAUUUACAGACAGCAUGAGAGCGGACGCGCCUGGUUCCUCGGGCUCACCAAAGAUGGCAUCAUUAUGAAGGGAAACCGCGUCAAAAAAACUAAAGCCUGUUCACACUUUGUGCCCAGACCUAUUGAAGUGUGUAUGUAUAAAGAGCCGUCGCUGCACGAACUCGACGAGAAACAACGAUCCAGGAAAAACUCAGGGACUCCCACUAUGGGCACCAGAAAAGAGCUCAACCAGGACUCGACCGACCAUGAAGGAUCAUAGCCACAUAUACACAAACACACACACCUGUAAAUGUAAACACACACUCUUACACAAAACCCUGGUGAGACCCGGAGCUGAAUGCGUUCUUACACCCGACAGCAUCUACAAACAUCAAUCCAAACUAAAUAAAGUCGUGUGAAACAAACAAAACAAACAAAAAAAAGAUUAAGAGAAAAAACCUAAUCUGAUUUCUUGCCUGUGACGAUAUUUGAGUAAUAUUUGAAAAUCAGGACAUGAUUUUACAUUUUAUGCAAAGUCUGUGUAGGAGUCGCGCUGUCGUGGGGGCGCUUGAGAGUUUUUCUGUUGGGUGUCUGAGCUUUAAACCAUGUUUGAUCUUCACAUUUUGAUUUAUGAAUGCCUAAAGCACUUUCACGCACUGCUAUACAUCACUGAAUACUGAAUGUCCUCAUUGAUUGUGUCCUCCAAUCAUUGCUCUGGGUGGGGUCUUUGAAUUCUCCUCUCUGAUUGGUGGAAUGCUGAUAGUAUUGAAAAAAUCCACCGUUUUGCUUCAUUUCACUGUGUACGGUGUGCUAAAGGGGUCAUAUUCUGCAUUUUUGUAGCAUUGUAAUUAUUUGUUUACGCCUGAAGAUCACUUACACACAGGUUUACUACACUAAAUAAUUAUUUUUAGUUUUUUACGAAUGUUUUUGUGAUGUUCA